UUUGUAAUGAGCUGUUAACUUGAAUCUGUUCAUGUUACUUCCAAUAUGAUUAUCAACGGAAUAUCGCCGUUCUGUACUGUCCUAUUCAUGGAGAUGUUUUUAUUUUCUUCACAAACUGAAGUGGUGAGAUGGAAUUCUCCUUGGACGACUGCAAAUUCCCUCUGUAAGUUAACUGGUUCCCAUCUGUCUGGGGAGGUAACCGUGGAUAAAAUGGACCUCACUAAUCUACCGGCGGAUGGACAAUCUUACUGGAUUGGAGCUGUGUCAAUACAUACACCUUGGUUUGAUGUUUUCACAUGUAGAACAGCAGCUGAGACAGAUUUGACUAAAAGAGACAACAUUAAAAUCGCUGGCAAUGACCAACCUGUUCAUGACUGCCAUUACGCUUGUCAAAACUACCGAGUUUUUGCGUUAUCUAAAAGCUCUUGCUACUGUGCCACAAGUUUAGUCUUUGGGAACGCGUGCCAGAACGUUAGGAUAUCCUCCUCUUCGUUUGACCUGUAUGGGGACUCCAGCAGCACAACACGUGACCAGGUCCCGGUGUUACAGUAUGAUACAAACGCAGUAGAUCAGAGACCAGCGCCAUACAAUGGUAUUGGGACCGGGGAUUGUGCAGCUGCCAUACUUGUACCGGGAAAUCCUUUAUCUUCGCACAAAUUAAUGGCUUGCGAUACAAAGCUACCAUUUAUAUGUCAUGGAAAAUUAAUUAAAAGUUCUGUGGACUGGGCAAACGCAGUUUUACAAUGUGAUGUAGUGCUGAGUUCGGUACACAGAGGACUGUACAACACAACCGUACAACAAGAAACACUGGCAUGGACUGGGAUUUCACGACGUAGUAAUCUCUACUGGACCAAGGAUGCUGCCUUGAAUGAGAAAUCCCUUUUCUACUGUUUGGCCGUUAGUACUAGUCUAAAUGGUGAAGUGACCAUUGCAAAAAGGGACUGCGAAGAAGAGCUGCCGUUCCUCUGUGAAGAUGGGUCACUGAAAACAACAACUUUGAGUACAACAACAACUGAAGAUGUCACAGAAUCAACUGUAGCUAGUGCAGUUACAACAAAAACAACAUCGGAAUUGAGAACAACUGAACAGAAAACCACGAACCCAACAACACAACAGAAAACCACGAACCCAACAACACAACUUCUAAGUACCACUACCUCUGCAGAGGAGAAAAUAUCGACAACUGGAUCACUGACAACAGACGUAUCACAACAACCCGAUCCAUCGCCAUCGAGCCGAAGUACAGAGAAUCCCCAGUCCACCGCCACAUCAAAAGCAUCAGACCGAAGCACCGAGGAAUGGCAACUGACAACAUUAGAUUUGGUUAACACUACAAUGAACUCUACCGAGGAAAACAUAGCAUACCAGGCUGAUAGUGGAUAUCUGCUACUGGUGGCUGCCAUUUUAGCAGGAGUGGUGCUGUUGGUAGUAAUAAUAGUUUUCUGUCUGAUCUACAAAAGAGAAAGGACAAAACAUUUGUUUUCAUCUGCCAAAAAGAAACAAAAUACAGACCUCAUCUAUAGUACAGUUAAGCGAAAGAAAUGUCAUACAAAGGAGCUACGGGAUAUUCUGGACUCUCUGUCCGACACUUCCGGACAAUGGAAGGAAAAGUUCCCUGUAGACUUUUUUGUAAACAAUUGUUACGAUCCAUCCAAUGACGAAACGUGCAGUGACCUCGACCACUGGUAUAGGUCAAGUCUGUUGAUACAGGUGGUCCCAGAUGGUCAGACGCACUCAUUGACCAUAACUGACCUCGAACCGUUUGCGGACAUAGAGUUGGAAGACGAUGUUACACACCAUACCGUGGAGAAAGAAUAUGACUCUCCUGAGAGAAUCCUCCCCUCGGACGGAGGCUAUGCUUCAUUAGAGGAUAUUAAAACGUGGAAAGAUGUCCAUGACUAAGACUGUUGUUGAGUCAGUUCUCCCGAUCGGAAUACACCGCAUUCAAUACUAUCUUUACAUUUAUUUUCUUUACAGUAAUACAAAUUGUUGUUUCAAACAAUUCAAUAAAUUCAUUUGACAUACUAGUAAAAUCACUAGAAUAUCAUCAAAGAUGAAAGAACAAUACAAGCUUCAGAAUAAAUGCACAUAACAUUA